AUGAACGCCACGCCAAGCCAUGACGAAGUCGACCGAGUACUCCGUCUCAAGCGCAAGGAAAGGGAAGCAAGGGCGUGUUAUCCCUGCAGAAAAAGAAAAGUCAAAUGUGAUGGCACACAACCCUGUCGCACGUGCCAGAAGCGGAAUCACCCGCAUAUAUGCACGUACGACCCGCCGCGAGACUCCAGAAGAGAGGCCUCCCCUGCUGUCCUUAAUAUCCAGUCCCAUGUUCAGCCGGAACAACCGACACCAGAGCGUGUGCAGCGACAAAGGCAGCAGGAUGGUUCUGCCAUUGCUCUCGCGUCUGCAAAUCCCCGGCCCGAUGAUGCAGCCAAGAAUUAUGUCUACUCAGGGGAUAACUCGGUUGUGUCAAUACUGCGCUCCCGUGCAUCUGAUGCAAAUGAUUCGAUGACCCGCGAUCUUGGAUCGGUGUUGGGGCUUCAGAACACUUUCAACAAUUACCCCUUCAUGGACUCCAGGACGCCAGAGGAAAAAUGGACCUCGCUGCUCAGUGUCUUGCCCCAAAGAAGCGAAGUGUUGAAAUUCUUUCACUACUAUCGUGUCACAGCGUACCCGUUUAAUCCGAUCCUCGCAGAUAUGGAUCGCUUCGAGUCGGAUAUGUGCACGUAUCUGAACGCACACUCGGCAGGAGAACUGCGACGCGAAGACAAAAUCGUCGAUCGAUGGGCAAGUGACAAGUCAAUCGGUCAUAUAAGUCUCUUACUGGCUACGCUGGCCGCCGGUGCUCAUUAUUCAGACAUUGACUAUCCACAACGGCUUGAACUCGCGACAGACUUCGCUCGCCGGUCCUUUCACGCGCUUCGCUUGGCCAACUUCCUUUUCCGACCAUCCCUCGACAUUAUUCAGACGCUGUUGAUUCUCGGCAAUACUUUACAAAACAUGGGACAAUCGGAUGCAGCAUGGGCUCUACUGGGCACCACUAUUCGCCUUGCUCAGACGAUGGGGUUGCAUACCGAACGAAGCACUCUUCAAUGGCCGGAGUAUGUGCGAACCAAGACCAGAACUCUUUGGUCAACUAUUGUAUGGCAGGACAGUUUGCUGUGCAUGUGUUACGAUCGCCCCCCAAUAGUAACGGUCACCGGGUGGACUAUGGAUAGCGACCUUCUUCGAAGAACUGAUCUAUCAUAUCAAGAAGUCAUGCACUCGCUCUGUCGCCUCAUACUCGACAUCAUACGACCCGACUCAUUUUUGAGUGAGCUCGAUAGGGCGGUCGAAGCAUUAAAUAAGCUGGAUACGCUAUACCAACGCGGCAAACCUCACUUGCAAGUUCGGAGCAGCUGCACCACUCUCCAGCAGCAUCUCGAGCACCUUGCUCUCAAAAUGCACUCAUCGUUUUGCGUCUCUGUGGUAUGCCGCCCGGCAAUGAAACAAUCACAGUCACAACCACAUCUGCUCCAGCCAGAAAUACUCCGGAAUCGGGCCAAGGGAAGCCUGAUUGACGCAUCCCGAGCGUUCCUUGACUUCCAGGCUUUAAGUGUUGUCCCAAUGCGGAGUUGGUCAAUGGUGCACACUGUACUAAGCUCAACGCUGCUUCUUUGCAUAUGGGAAGAAACACGCAAUGAUCCACAAUGUCGGGACCUGCAACAGCGCGUAAUCGACGUGUUCAGUUCAUCUGACUCCCGAACUGCGGAAGAAGGCGGCGUAGAUAAUGACGGCCAGUGGCUAUCCACACGCCACAUUCGCGCACUGGUCACCCUGCGCAGUGCUUUGGAUCGACAACAGGAGAGUAACGUCCCUGAAAACGAGUCAUGGAUGCCACAGAGCUUGGACGGUGCUGGACUUGGUUCAGGGUCCGAUGUUCGAUUUGAGCCAAGAAAACAAUUUCCUCUGACAUGGCACUAUCGAGGUCUAUUGAUAUGCCUUUGGUAUCUGUAUAUCUUAUAG